AUGAUCAACAAUGAUAAGGGACAACAGGUUGGGAAACUCAAGCCAUAUACUGGUAAACCUGAUAACGCAAUGAAUAAAUUAGAAGCUGCAGUGAGCAAUGAAAUCACUAUCAUUCCUACCGGUUUGACGGAACGAAUCAACGAAUUACCACAUCUAAACUUCUCUCAAGCGUCACAAUUGAAGAAAGAAGUGGAAGAUGAAUUGACGAACCAGUUCGAUAAUUUAUCAGCCCACAAAGUUGAUAUGAAUACCCCCUUGACUACCGCUGAGGGGUUUCCCCGCGGUGAUUUGGAUCUAGUCACUAUACGGUUAAUUAAACGUAACGUAAACGUAUUGAGAAACGAUUUGAGACGAAUCAUCGAAAGAGUCGAGUAUCUAUUGCCACUUGAAUUUGAAUCGCUUAAUAAGCAAAACGCAACUGUAGGAAAGAUGCAGACGCUUGAAAUGGGAGAUAGCAACGAGGAUUCAGAUCUAAAUCUAGAUUCUUUGAUCGCUUUUGCAAAAGUGGUGGACGUAAAAUUAGGAUCUCCAAGUCAUGACGCAGGAUUACAAACAGAUGAUCUUAUCAUUAAAUUCGGCACCGUACAUGCCCUUAACCACAAUAAUCUAUCCAAUAUCGGUAAACUUGUUCAAACUCGUAUAGAUGAAGAGAUCGUACUUAAGAUAAAGAGAAAUAAUGAUAUCGUUACUAUACAGUUGGUACCUAGGUCCUGGCAAGGCGCAGGGUUACUAGGAUGCAGGAUAAUACAAAUUUGA